CAAUUUCGAAGUUUCUGAAGGCUAUGCAGUUUUUAAGCAGAAGUGUAUUGCAAAAUAUGCGCUCGUGGCGUCUCCUGAAGUAUCAAAAAAUUCUCUCGUACUACCAGACGACUCAUCCGUUUACUUGCGGCGUGCGAGGAGCGAUACUCAAGCCAAGUAUAUCGAGCUGACGUCUGAUAACUUUUUGACAACACUUCAAUACCGAUGGAAACUACUCACAACCGAUGAUCUUCGCCACAUUGGAGACUUUCGCUUUGACGCGUUCCUCUACGUCAAGCGGGCAGCUCAACCAGAGCAAUUUCACCGUGCUACCGCGCGUCGCAUUGCCGAUGCUCGAGUACAAAGGAUAGCUUACGAGACAGCCAAUGCAGUGCAGUUUGGAGCAAUCACUUCGCACCAUCUUGAUGUUGUGCAUGCAAGAAGACCGGAGUCGACUCCAUUUGAAGUUCCCGAGGAUAACACAACUGCACAAGCAAUGGAAUUAGACCGACAGCGAGAGGCUCUGCAGCAGCAGGAAGCCAAUGAACAGGCCAUACCGGAUACAGCAAUUGUGAGCAUUAGGGUCAAUGGUUUAUGGAUGCCUCUGGAGGUCGACAUUCUGUCACUUCGGCGUGCAUUACGACUGACAGACCACGAUUUAUUCUCUCGCGGUAUCUACCAUCAAUUCACACCCACUCAGCCAACCAAUGGAAUGAUGAACGACGAGGACCAUGCCGACGACGAGCCCAUGAGCUAGAAGAAAACGCGAACUUAGUGCAGCACGAGAUGCAUGUAUCGAAUAAUAUUCAUCAUUACAAAAUUAAGCUACUCAUCGUC